AGUGCACGGAGUGCAGUGUGUGGUCAGAGUAAGUGUGAGCUAAAUGAGUGUGGUGGUGUUAAGGAGGAUGCGAGUCCCGUUACCACAUGGCUCUUUUCCAACGAGAGACGUUUUGAGAUCAGACACAGGAACCAGAGCUGAGCAACAGCAAGAACAGCAAAUCCGUCCAUCUUUCGGCAUCAGACUCAGCCGAGAGCUUUCUACACACACUCCCCCGUCUCCUGCCACACAGACCUUCAUUCCUAUUUAUCCUUCUUUUAUUCUGGUAUAAGGGAUUUGAAUUGAGGCUUUGGGGUUGAGACUGAUAACAGGUGAUCAGCCAAGACAGGAUUUACUGCACGACCUUGUAUUGGCUGUUGGGAGGUGAUGACAGCCGACAAGCCCGGGCCCAUGGUGAACGGGAGGCACGCGGAGGACGCCGAGGCUCCGCGCGCGAGCCCCGUGCACGAGCGCGGCCAGUGGGGCAGCAAGGUGGAGUUCAUGCUCUCGGUGGCCGGAGAGAUCAUCGGACUCGGCAACGUGUGGAGGUUCCCAUAUCUCUGCUACAAGAACGGAGGAGGUGCUUUCUUUGUGCCUUAUGUCAUCUUCUUUGUGUGCUGCGGUAUCCCCGUAUUCUUCCUGGAGACAGCACUAGGCCAGUAUACCAGCGAAGGAGGAAUCACAUGCUGGAGAAAAGUGUGUCCACUUUUUGAGGGUAUUGGUUAUGCAACUCAGGUCAUCGAGGCGCAUCUGAACGUGUAUUAUGUGAUUAUUUUGGCAUGGGCAAUCUUCUACCUGUUUAACUGCUUCACCACCGAGCUGCCCUGGGCCUCCUGUGGCCAUUACUGGAACACAGAAAACUGUGUGGAUUUCAACAAUGCCAGUGUGGCAAACCUCAGCAACCCCUUUGCCACCUCACCAGUCAUGGAGUUUUGGGAGCGCCGUGUCCUCAGUAUAUCCGGUGGAAUUGAGCAGGUUGGGAAGCUGCGCUGGGAACUCGCUCUGUGCCUUGCAGUGGCUUGGGUCAUAUGUUAUUUCUGCAUAUGGAAAGGUCCUAAAUCAACUGGAAAGGUGGUAUACGUUACUGCAACCUUCCCCUAUUUCAUGUUGGUGAUCCUGCUCAUUCGAGGGAUCACACUUCCUGGUGCAGCAGAUGGAAUCAAGUUCUACCUUUACCCUGACAUCUCUCGGCUCUCAGACCCUCAGGUGUGGGUGGAUGCCGGAACUCAGAUCUUCUUCUCAUAUGCCAUCUGUCUGGGAUGUCUGACUGCUCUCGGGAGCUAUAACAGUUAUAAUAACAACUGUUACAGGGACUGCGUCAUGCUAUGCUGCUUGAACAGUGGCACAAGUUUUGUGGCAGGAUUUGCCAUCUUCUCAGUGUUAGGUUUCAUGGCUUAUGAACAGAAUGUGCCAAUUGAAGCUGUGGCUGAAUCAGGACCAGGUCUGGCUUUUAUUGCAUAUCCAAAAGCUGUGACCAUGAUGCCAUGGUCACCUCUGUGGGCGUGCCUCUUCUUCAUGAUGCUCAUCUUCCUUGGCCUGGACAGUCAAUUUGUGUGUGUAGAGAGUCUUGUGACUGCCGUGGUGGACAUGUACCCCAAAACCUUCAGAGUGGGAUACCGUCGAGAGCUCCUGAUCUUAGGAAUGUCUGUGGCUUCUUAUAUUUUGGGUCUAACCAUGUUGACAGAGGGUGGCAUGUAUGUGUUCCAGUUGUUUGAUUCUUAUGCUGCCAGUGGGAUGUGUUUGCUUUUUGUGGCCAUCUUUGAGUCCAUCUGCAUCGGCUGGGUCUAUGGCAGUGACAAGUUUUAUUUGAACAUUGAGGACAUGAUUGGUUACAAGCCCAUAUUUUUCAUCAAGUGGUGCUGGAAGAUCCUAACCCCUGGCAUCUGUUCAGGAAUUUUCCUCUUCUUCUUGAUCAAGUACAAGCCCCUGAAAUACAACAAUGUGUACACUUAUCCAGACUGGGGUUACGGCAUAGGAUGGACGAUGGCAAUGUCCUCGAUGAUCUGCAUCCCUCUGGGCAUUAUAGUCCAGAUCUGGAAAACAGAAGGAACCUUCAUGGAGAGAAUCAAGAAGCUGACCACCCCGAGCUCUGAUCUGAGGAUGAGAGGCCACCUCAGUGCAAAGAGUCCCUAUGCCAUCAAUGAUGCUGAUGCUAAAAUGAGGGUGGAUGGCAAAAUCUCCACCAUUACGGAGAAGGAGACACAUUUCUAAAGCUGUACCUACCAAGACACGGUCACAUCCACCAAGACUGUAAAGGAAAAGAACUUAAAUCUUGCCUCGAUUUUUGUUGAAGAGAAAUGAUUAUCACAUUCUUAGUCUUGCCCUUUUUGCACAAAUGAUUAACGCAUCCAUUACGAGUUAACUUCACGAUAAAAAAGUCUCAUAUUCAAGUUUAUCAAAAAUCUAGUCUGUUAAAGGUGAUCUUGUACUUUGUGUAUUUUUGUGACACUAGUGAUGACUGUACCUAGAGUGAAGCCAAGGUAAAUAUGUGCUGUAAAGUGUUUCUGCAUUUUGACUCUUGGCAAUGGCAUUAUUCUCUACAGAAUGUUCCUAAUGUGUAGAAGAUCCAUUUUAUGACCAUUCCAAAUGUUACAGGUAUGUUUGUAGAGGAUUCUUUAUUUGAUGGAUAAAAAUGAUGGUACAUUUGGUUGGCAUUGGCCUCCUCGCAGGACGAGCAUGACUUAGCACACUCAGUGUCAUUUUAUACAGCAUGGACUCAAUGCCACUUCACAACGGUUAAACUGAGUUUAAUCCAAGGUGACAGACUGAACACAAUUCAUCAUUUUUGUGAUUUCUGAACUAUUUUCAGAUAGCUUGACUCUCUAAUGCUGUAGUGGGCACUUCACACACUCUCACUGUUAUACAAGCAGUCUGUUGACAAGCUGGUGGCCCAAGGGCAAUUGUUCAGGUUUUUUUUUUUUUUUUGAUGAAGUAUGAGAUUAAGGUCAGGUUUUUUUGCAGUACACAUUCAUUAUAUGGAUACCAUUAUAGAUAAAUGUGGCUUGAAAUUGUUGGUGUUAUGCAAGAUUGGGCCUUAAGAUAGGGAAAGAUUAAAGGUAAGUAGGAUUUAACAGGGAUAUGCAGUAAAAGGGAUUAAUUGAGUCCUAAUAUUUUGGACUGGAUAACACACUCGCUGCUAUUAUCACUUUUACCAUGUGAUUUGUAGAGUGAAAUGUGCCCUUAAAUUGGUAGUUGUCAUUAGACUGACCUAAUAUGCUAAAUAUAUUUCUAAAACUAUGAUGGUAGAUUUAGCUAGUUUAUUGAAUGUGUUUCAUAGAUUAAACCCAGUGUUGAUUAAGAAAGAGAACUGACAAGAGUGUUAUAUCAGGGCACCCAGCUACUUCGAUACUGUAGAUGUCCAGUUGUCUUGGAUCCACUGUGAACCCUGUGCACAUGCAUGUGAUCUUUGGUAUGGUCUAAUUCAUCAUGACACUGUCACCUCUGUUUGUGCAAGUAAACUGUUUUACUGUUUUAAUAGCCUAACUUUUGAGAUUGAUGUAUAUUUUUACAUUUGGUUAGGGCAUUUUUGUGUGUUCUAUUUCUUGAGAUGAACAAAAAAAAAAAAAAGAAAAUGUGUUUAUUGGAUGACUUUUGAUAUGCCAUUCAAUAUGGUGUUUUAGAGAUAUAAUGCAAAUGUUAUAUGUGCUGUUUACACAGAUUUUGGUAUUCACAGGAUAUAAGAAUGAUCUGCUUACUCAUUUUUAAAAAUAAAAGUUAAAAAGAAAUGUUUCUCUUUUCCCAUUUUUUUUUCAUGUUGUCAUUAAGAAAUGAUCUCCAUAAUUUAAGUAUCAUGGUGUAUUGCUGUAGUAAUCAAAAUGACCAUGGAUCAGUUAUUCUGUAAAUCCUGCCAAAGCACAAUCGAGUGGAGCUGCAAAUGAAGACACAUGAUGUGAAUCUCAGGCACAUAUUAGAAACGAGAGAAAGUGUGAGAGGGGUGAAUAGUGUUCUCCAAACAAUGAGUGCAAUGAGGAAUGCAAUUUGGGCCCCAACCAGCCACUUGAAGACACAUCCACUUGAAGAUUCAGAAUUGUAAAUAUGGUGGUGCAUUUCUAGAACUGGAGUAGACUUUGGCAAGUCUAUUUGCUGCUGAUUUUCCAUCUACAUAUGGAGGUGGGCUUUUUAAAGAUUAGUGGGAAGAAAAUAUUCAUUGUUAUUGAUAAAACAGCAGAUAUCUGAGACUAUUGUGUACAGUACCCUUCAUAAUUGUUCACACUUGAUGAAAAUGAGUCAAACUUAUGAAUGAAAAUGAAUAACACAUGCUAUAAGAGAUAUUUACAAUAAGUGAUAACACAUGCUAUAAACUUUGAUAGACAUUACAAUUAGUAACAAGUGGAGACAAUUGAAGAUCUUGGAUUUUGCAAUGACUUGAAUGGUCAUUGCAAAACACUGAUUUUGUGUUUCUUUAACCAUUUCUGUGCUGAUGUGCUGAAGUAUGUUUGGCUCAUCAUCUUGGUCAAAGCUCUAUCCAAGUCUGAACCUCUAUCUCCAUCACUGCUUUAUAAAAGACUACAAAGGACUUUAAAAGACUCUAAAAUAUUAUGCAAUGCUUAUGAAUAUGUCACAAAAGCCCUUGUGCAGCUAGUCUUCAAAUAAAGUAUUACCUUAACUUCUUAAGAUAACAAACUACUUUAAUGAAUUUAUCUGUAAAAAGCCAGCAAUGCUUACAAACUUUCCAGAGUUUCUCAGUCUUUACAGAUACAUUCAUUAAAGGUCGUUAUCUUUUUAUUAACUGUUAUUUGUCUUUUUGGCUUGUGUGUGUGUGUGUGUGUGUGUGUGUGCGUGUGCGUGUAUGUGUUCAUUCCUUUUGUGCAAUUUAGGCCUUUGGCAUUUUCCAGUCAAGCUGACAUGGCCUCAUGCUGGGAGUCAGCUGCAUGGUUCAUCAGCUUACUCAAAUUCAAGUGUGUAGAGGCAUCACUUCAGGACAGAUCUGAUAUUGGUAUUCUAUGCCACCCAAAGGGCAGUGUUGCCCAGUAUAUUGCCUAAAACAAUACUGACCUAGAUUCAUCUUUGAAAGGUUUUGAACAUCAAGGGCAAUCAUUAGGGUUUUAUUAUUUAAGCUCAUUUUUUCUCUUUGAAGAAUGAAUUUCUACAAUAUAUUUAUGUCUCUCAAGACUACAACAUUUUGCUGAAUGGAAAACUUCAACUGUGGCAGGGGAUAGCUGAGUGGUUAGCUGAACUGGGGAUAGCUGAUCUGUGUUAGCUGAGUGGUUACAGUUCUGCUUUAGUGACCUGAAGUUUGUGAGUUCAGAUCCUGCAGAGGUCUUGAGUUAGACCCUUCCAUCUGAGCACAGAUUGACCAGAGAAGGCCAGACUGUUUUUUGGGCCAUCUUUGUUUGGGCCAUCACGGCUUGUCGUGUCUGCAUCCCUAAAAAGAUGUAUUCUAUGUAUAACUCUCAUGCUCAGUGAAAUCAAGUCUCAUUAUUGUCUUGCUAAGGAGAUAAACAUUGUGCUCAUUGAAUUAACAACGAAUGGUUCAGCUCAAUGCUUAGAUUGUGUUUAAAGGUCAGGUAGGUACAAAUUUGCCCUCAAACAUUCAUUCAUCAUUUUCCUUUCGCUUUUCCUAGUGGGGUCAUGGUCUCAACAGGUUGAGAAGUUCAGUCCAGACUUCAAUAUCCCCAGCCACAGAUACCACAUCCUUCUGGGGGAUGGCGUUUCCCAGGUGUUUCCAAGAGAAUUGUGAGAUAUAACAUCUCCAGUGAGUCCUGAGUCUGGCUCACUGGGUCUCUAGCAGCUGGAAGUUCCUGAUACAGCUCUACCAAGAGCUGGCCAGGGGGCAUCCUUGUAUGGUGCCCAAACCACUUCAAAUAGCUUCUCUCUUUUUUUGAGCAGUAAACAGAGAGAUUCUUCUGCAAAGUAAACUUCUGCUUCACCACUACGGACCACAGUGACUAUAACACUGCUGUCACCUAAUCUAUUUGUCAAUAUCAUGCUCUAUAAUUCCAUCACUUGUGAAUAAGUUCCCAAGAUACUUAAACUCUUCUGCCAGUGACAAGGUCUCUUCCCACAACUGAAGAGAGCAUCCUACACUUUUCUGGAAGAAUCCAUGGCCUCGGACUUGGAGGUGCUGAUUUUCAUCCCAGCGUAUUCAUUCCUGCAUGUUGGAGGUCCAGUCUGGAUUGUAUCAAAGGAACAUCAUGAUGUGCAAAUAAGAGGGAUGUUACCUCUCUAGCCUCCAUACUAGGCACCUCUCCAACCUUGGCUGAGUCUUGAUCCUGUCUAUGAAAAGACACAACUUUGAUGGAGUCUCACACUUGCCCUAAACAAACUCAAAUUAAUACCAAGAAUACAGACACAACUCUCACUGUGCCCAUACAGUGGCCAGAUCACAUGGAGUAGUGACCCAGAUACACCAUACUCCUGCAGAACUUCCCACAACAAAUGUCGAGGCACAUGAUCAUAAGCCUUUUUCAAAUCCACAAAGCACAUGUAAACUGGAUUAGCAAACUCCUGUGACCCUCACAAAGCUGUGCAGGAGUAAAGAGCUGGUCUACUGGUCCACUGUUCCAUGGUCUGUGAGUUAAAUUUGUCUCUCAAUGAAGCUUCUGCCAGAUGCUCCCAAGCAACCUGGAAGGCUCUCCUGGGUUUACCAUCCCUGAUCAGGAAGUUUGGUACAAGACCCCUGUGUGGAUAUAAUGCCAACUCUAUUUAGUCCAUACCUUCCAAUCUCGCAUACUAACUCAGGCUCUUUCCCCACCAGUGAAGUAACAUUCCUUGUUCCCAAAGCCAGUUUCCAUUCCACAGAUCUAAUACAACUAAGACUGUCCAUCACCUGCCUGCCACCCAACUGGCAUUGUAUCUGAGCCCCACCCUUCAUCUUGCAGGUGGUGAGCCCACAAGGUAGCUCUACUUCGCCAUUUUGGACUGGGUUACUGGAUUACAUGGGUGGCCCAGUCUCCAGACGCUUGUCUGCAGACACUAACCCCAGGCUCCAGGCGUGGGUACCUGUAACCCUAAUUUGGGCAGGGUACAUUCAAUCUUUUAUGGGCAUCAUUAGGGUCAACCUUUAUCUCACCUCUCCCCUCACAUUUGUUCAUCAAGGGUGUCCCUACUGGGAGCAUUAUGGUCCUGGUAACGUAGCCCUGAGGUCCACCGAAGUAAACAAGGUCUGAAUGUCAGGGUGCCCCCAAACAUGUAUCUAUAUAGCUGAUUUUGAAGUAUUGAUUUAUUGUUCACAUAUGUUGACUACAUAAUUGUUGUAUAAUAACACCACCACAUACAGUUCAUACUUUUUUGUCGUCUAUCUUUUAUAUGCAUAUUUUAAUAUUUUUCUUUUUCUGUGUAAGUAAAUUCUGUUUUUAUGUCAAUUCUGUUGUAUGUCACCAGACAGUUGUAAAAAGCAUUUCACUGCACGUCCUACUGUGUAUGGUUGUGUGUAUGACCAAUAAAAUUUGAUUUGAUUUGAA